AUGGCAGGACAUGCGCCGGACUCCGCCGACGAUGAGAACCGGGAGGUCUUCGACAUGAUCUCCCUCAGCGCGCAUCUCCCCCGCAAGUAAGAUCUCUCUCUUCUUCAUUUCUUCUUCUUAUUCUUCUUCUUGGUCUCCCAGAGACCUCUCUGGAUUGUGCUAGUCUUGAUUGUGUUCUUCUCUCUCUCUCUCUCCUCUGGCAGAAGGAACGGGCUGUCUCUGCACUUCUCCGGCAAGUCGCGGUCGUUCACCAGCAUCGCGGAGGCGAAGAGCGUCGGCGAUCUGAAGAAGCCGGAGAUUCCGGAGGCGAAGAGAAGAAAGUACGUCGAUCGGGAAGCUCGGAUCCUCUCUCUGGUCCCUUGCCGCGCCGCGCCCAGCGCCUCGCAUUGCAGCCCCUGCGUCGGCGUCUAG